AUGAAGUCUUUCACCUUGUCCGGCGUUAUUGCCGCUCUCACUGCCACCGCUGCCGUCCAGGCCCAGACCUACUCUCAAGAUGGACCUUUUUAUCUCAAGCUCCAGUCUGACGACACCUCCCUCGACGGCAAGUUCCUCUAUGCUUGCCACGCCGGUGCCGCCAUUGAGUCGCUGUGCCUUGGCGGUACCGAGAAUCCCGCCGGUUCCUCUUCAGCCUCCUUCUACUACAACUACACCGUCUACGACAAUGUUCCUUCCAACUCCGGCCUCUUGACCUGGAACCUUGUGGCCAACGGUCCUGAUGGUCCCAUCACCGUCUCUUCUCCUCUGUCUUUCAACUAUGACCCUGGCUCUAAUGUCGCCACGACUCUGUUCACGCCUGGUUCUUCCCCGAGCAUCAAUGUUGCCUUUGACAACGAGGACAAGCUUUUUGUUCCUACCUACACCGACGACUCCAAGUACGUUCCGGGCCAGUACCCCGAGUACCCUGGCACCAUCGCCCUCCAGAACUGGCAGGCAUGCUGGGCGCAAGUUGGAGGCUACUACUACAACGUUCUCGCGUGGGUUACUAGCGGCGCGCCGAAGAAUCCCACUUGCAAGGCUGUGAAGGUCGCCAAGGAGAAGCCCAAAGGUGACCAGGCAGGGGAGGUUGCUGCUCAGAUCCCCGACGGCCAGGUACAAAACACUGAGCAGCAAAACCCGGAGGAUGAUAGUGUCGAGAAGAGUGCUGGAGAGCCUGCCGCCCAGAUCGGUGAUGGUCAGGUGCAGAAUGUUCCUGCGAAGGAGGGUGAGGAGGUUGUGACUCAGAUUGGCGACGGUCAGGUUCAGAAUUCUUUUGUCAAGGGGCCCGUUUCUCAAAUUGGUGAUGGCCAGGUGCAAAAUGCUCCUGCAAAUGACCCCAAUCCUGUUGUCCAGAUCGGUGACGGCCAAGUCCAGAAUGUUCCCCUUCCCGUCACUCAGAUCGACGACGGUCAGAUUCAGAACGCACCAGUUCCCGUCACUCAAAUCAACGAUGGCCAGAUUCAAAACGCCCCUGUGGAGGAAGACUCGACGCCUGUCACUCAAAUCGGAGACGUGCAGGUGCAGAACGCUCCCGCCAAGGAGGAGUCAGUCCCCAUUACUCAGAUUGGUGAUGGUCAAAUCCAGAAUGUCCCUGUCACUCAGAUCAACGAUGGCCAGAUCCAGAACGCUCCCGUCAAGGAAGAGCCCCAGCCUGUUUUCCAGAUUGGAGAUGGCCAGGUUCAAAACGUCCCUGAGCCCAAGCCUACUGUUCAGAUCGGUGACGGCCAGGUACAGAAUCCCUUUGUCAAGGAGCCCGUUGUUUCUCAGAUUGGUGAUGGCCAGAUUCAAAACGCUCCCGUGAAGGAAGAGCCCCAGCCUGUUGUCCAGAUCGGAGACGGCCAGGUCCAGAAUGCUCCCGUUCCCGUUCCCGUCACUCAGAUUGGUGAUGGUCAGAUUCAGAACGCCCCAGUGAAGGAGGAGCCCAAGCCUGUCGUUCAGAUUGGAGAUGGCCAGAUCCAAAAUGUUCCUGCUCCCUUUCCUUCUGCCACGCCUACUCCUGCUCUCGCACACGAGGGACAAGAUGGCGAGGAGCAUAAAGGCCAGGACGACAAUGAGAGCUGGGAGGAUGCCAACGCUGAGGAGGACAUUGAAAGCUGGGAGCACGCCGGUGCUCAUGGUGAGGGCGAAGGCUGGGAACAAGCCGAUGCUCAGGAGGAAGGCCAUAACUGGGAAGGAUCUGAUUCUCAGCAUGACGAGUAA